GAAAAAGUGCUUUUCCAUGAAGAAAGUAAGUUUAUUUCCUGUUCUUUCCACAGACCUGCUCAUGUCUUCAGUCGAUUCAUAUAUGGCGGAUCAGGUCUGUCAAAAAGAACAAAGCCAUAUUUGUCAAAAGCAACAUAGGGAAAUGUCAUUAUCAUCGGAUGAGGAAAUAAGACUCCAAAGAGAAAAGGACAAAAAACGACAACAAAAGAAACGUAAAAACUUAAAUGAUGCGGAAAAGCUACAACAGCAGAUGCUGAAUAAAAAGCAACACCAAAAGAGACGAAAGAGAUUAGAUGAAACACAGAAACAACUUAAUAGGGAGAAAGACAAAAGACAACAUCAAAUGACAAGAAAUUCAUUAGACGAAUCACAGAAACAACAACAGAGGGAAAAGAACAAAAGACAACAACUGAAGAGAAGAAGUACAUUAGAUGAAUCACAGAAGGAAGUCAAAAGGGAGAAAGAUAAAAAACAACAUCAAGUGGCACGAAAUUCAUUAGACGAAUCACAGAAACAACAACAGAGGGAAAAGAACAAAAGACAACAAAUGAAGAGAAGAAGUACAUUAGAUGAAUCACAGAAGCAAGUAAAAAGGGAGAAAGAUAAAAAACAACAUAAAAUGGCAAGAAAUUCACUAGACGAAUCACAGAAACAACAACAGAGGGAAAAGAACAAAAGACAACAUAAUCAGAGAAGAAGUACAUUAGAUGAAUUACAGAAGGAAGUCAAAAGGGAUAAAGAUAAAAAACAACAUCAAUUAGCAAGAAAUUCAUCAGACGAAUCAAAGAAACAACAACAGAGGGAAAAGAACAAAAGACAACAACUUCAGAGAAGAAGUACAUUCGAUGAAUCACAGAAACAACAACAGAGAGAUAAAAAUAAAAGACAACAUAAUCAGAGAAGAAAUACAUUAGAUGAAUCAUAGAAACAAAAACAACGGGAGAA